AUGGUGAAGAUAAGAGCGAUAGUUAUCGCGUGUUUUAUGUCAGGGGUGGUUUUUGUGGGUGUAAAUAGUGAGCAGAGAUUUAUCGAGACUCCGCCGAGUUAUCAAGAGGUUUCGAGCGGUGAAGACGUCAAGCUGGUUUGCAAGGUCCAGGAUAAAAAGGGCCAGUGUAUUUGGCAGAAAGAUCGCAAACCGGUUGGCAUGCACCCUGAUAAAUACGAGUGGGCUAACGGACGAGGUGGUGGCGGUGGUGGGGAUGCUGAUUGCACUCUUCUUAUCAGACGUGCAUCUCUCGAUUUUGACGACGGAUUAUGGGAAUGCCAGGUGACACCUGGGGAUUUUACUCGGCAGGAUGCAUUAACGUCUUUGGCCUCACGGCUUCUUGUUAGGGUUAAACCAAGAAAGCCGAGCUUAGAAUACGGUGGCACGAUCAUGACUGGAGCGCUUACAUUGAGAGAAGGCCAGGAGGUCACUAUUUCCUGUGUAUCUCGUUAUGGCAAUCCACCAGCACUAAUUAAAUGGUUUAUCGGCGGAGAUGAGGUAGAACCACUAAGGGAGCAAACCAACGCCACGGAAGUCGACAGUCCUAAAACUUGGGCUGCACAUAGUUUGCUGAGGAUCAAAGGAGCUAGGGAGAAUCAUGGUCUACCUAUCAGGUGUCUCAGCUUACACUCGUCCAGUCCGUUACCUGCUAUUGCUGAAAGUCGACUUGAUAUUCAUUAUUCACCAGAAGUACAUACCGAAACUAGCCCACGUUUAUUGACAUCAGCAUUAGAAGACUCAGCAAGUUUUAUGAGCAUAAAAUGCAUAGCUGACGCAAAUCCACCAGCAGCAAUUCGAUGGUACAAAGAUUCAGUGCCACUAACACGCAGUAAUUCUAUUGACUCAUUUGGCCAAAAUUCAACCCACCGUAACGGCACAAUGAGCGGUUCUGAAAUACGUUUUGAACCUGUAAAACAAACAGACGCUGGACUUUAUACAUGCAAGGGAAUCAAUGUCAUUGGUGAAAGCUCACCAGCUAAUUAUCGAUUGGACAUUCAAUACGGCCCGCGAAUGAGAAUAAAUGACCGAAUGAACAACACCAACGGAGAAGUAGAAGUAACCGCAUUGUUAGCCUCCACUGUUGAUCCAUUUGAAUGCGAUGAUUUCGAUGCUAAUCCACCGGCACGAUAUCGGUGGGUUCAUUUGAGAGGUGGUGUUCCGCAAACCAUCGAUAAUUCUGUACACGGAGAAACAGGUUCGCGGAGACUCAGUUUGAAAAACGUUAUCUGGAGCAACGAAGGAGAAUAUCGAUGCGUUGCUUUCAACAUCAUAAAUGGUGUUCGCAGAGAAAUGUCCAGUGACACACGAUUCAUUUUGCAUGUAUCAGGACCACCGGAAAUUCAAACGCGUCGUUAUAAUCAUAACAAUGAUGAUGACAAUGAUCGUCUUAGUGAUAACAUUAGUAUGGAUGAAUCAAUCGCCUGGGUUGGUGAAAGCAUUGAACCAAAAUAUGAAGCAUUGCCACUAGAACCAAUAAAAGAAAGUAACGAGACAACAAACUGCUACUACGCAAAAUUAGAAAUACGUGAUUUACAAAAAGAAGAUUCGCGUGUUUACAACCUACUGAUUGAAAGCGAAAAGGGACGCGAUACGACAAGUUUGAGACUUAUAGUCCGAGAUCCAAUGGAAAUUAAAAUAAUAGCCAUUGCUGGUGGUAUUGGGUUACUAUUACUGUUUGUAAUAAUCGGAUUAGUAUUCUACGCGAUAUUGAAAGCAAGACACCGAAAAUAUCAGAAAAAGCGUGCGGAAGAAGAAGAUGAAAACAGCAUUGCUGCGGAUGCGUUUUAUACCACAACACCCUCGAUAAAUAGACAGAAAACUACGGCCUCACCGGCUAAUAAAGUUUAUGUAAGGAAAAGCCCUUCCGAAGGCGGACUUGCUGUUAUGUACGAUUAUAAUCAGAUUGUUAAACAUUCGAGGACGCUUAGUCCUGAAGCAUUGAAAAUAAGAAGAGCUGCCGCUGUUCUUCAGCCACCUACUAUUGUUUAA